AAGUAACAUUACUUGCAGAACAAGUACAACGAAUGACAGUUGCAGUGAAAUAUGAAGAACCACAAAAUAAACAAGAAAAGAAACUGAAUCAACUCUAUCUAGAAGCCACACAAAGAGAAAUAAAUCAAUUUAGAGAACAACAAAGUCAAAACACCAAAAUGGGAACAUUUAUUAAAACACAAUUGUCACAAUUAGAUCGAAUCCUACAACAAGAAAAGGAACAAGAAGAUCUAAGAAUUAGAACAGGAUUAAGACAGCUAAAACAAUGA